GUGGUUGCGAAAGAGUUUUGGUGUCGUCCCCUUACGAGGAAUGUCGAAAGUAACAACUUUUAUUUCUCGUGUGUGAGGAGAAAAGUGUAUUAAUUUAUUAGAAUAUUUUCCCUUUUAUUUGUGGUUUUCGCAUCCUUGACGUCUCUCUGCGUUGUAGAGCUGAAAAAAUAUAGUCUUCAAUGUGCUCCAAAUAAAGAUUAUCUUACCUCAGAAUGUUGACACCUCUGCUUGCCUCUGUCACACUUAUACUCCCACCGUAUCUACAUACGAAACUAUUGUAAAUAAAUGAUCUUGUGAAGAAAUGAGUUCAAUUCAGCAAACUGGUCGAUUCCUACCAUUUGCUAACAAUAAUAUACAACGGAAGCAACUUCCUACACAAGGUGGGUUGCCGCAGAGUUUAAGUGGUAGUGAUACAGAUGUAUCAACUUCGAAUGAAAAUUUGAGCAAUGAGGAAAGAUAUGUAAUACGGCACACUGCUCGUCAAGAACCCCAAGGACAGGAGAAUCAGCAACAAACACCAUCAAGAUCUUCCAGCCAUAAAGAGAAUAUUCCAAACAUUCAAGGCAACCUGUUGAAUAGGAACAGUUUGAAAGAGAGCUUGAAUGGGUCUAAUCGAAAUAGUCUCAAAGAUAGCAUCAACGGAUCAAAUAGAAACAGCCUCAAAGACAACCUAAGUUCUAAUCGAACCAGCGUGGGAUCAAACAGAAGUAGCUUGGAUGUUUCAACAAGCUCUUAUAAUACGCUUAUUAUACACAAUGCAAACGACGAGAAUUCCUGGACUCCAUCUAGCAGAUUAUCAGGAAUGGUAAGAGAACAUGGAGAAAUGGGGUAUCUCUACUGCGAGGGAGGAGGUAAGGGUCAUUCUAAUAGCCCGACUAUGCAGUCUUUGACUAGUUUACCCCAUGACGACCACCAUUAUGAACAGCCUGGAGGUGGCGGAGGCUGCCAAGAGAUAACUGAUAUUCCAGAUGAUUACCUCAAUCAGUCGCAGGUAUUGAAACACCUUGCCAAAGAGGUGAAAAUACCUUCAUAUAGCAAGCUGACUAACAACGGCAGUAGCAUAGAAAUGAGAAUGCGAGAAAGAGAUGGAGAACGUGGAAAACAGAGUGAAGCUGAAUUUGAGGAUAGACCACCUCCGUCAUACACUGCUACGAUGCUACCACUCAAAAGCAAGCACCGUCUUCUUGGUCCGACUGAAAAAUUAACUCUUUCAAGGUCUCAGCCCGAUUUAUCAAGAGUCGGGAAAACAGAUACUAUUGAUUACGAUCCACGUACGACAUCUCCGAGACCUCAAACAAAGGGCAGAGAAGAGAGAGAGACAGCAGCCGGGGAAAUCUGGCCUUCAGCGGAAAUGGUGCAGAUUUUAAUUCAAGAAAAUAGUGCACUAAAAUUGGAGUUGGAGCGUUGUUAUGGCAAAGUUUCGAAGUCUCAGAAGCUUGAACAUGAAAUAGCCAAGGUACACCGAGCUCAUGAAGAAUUAGCUGCAUCGUGUGAACGUAGAGAAAAACUUGAGCGCGCGGCCCGAGCUAGGCUUCAAGGAGACUGCCGUCGUCUUGCUGAUUUAAAUCGCGCUUUAAGGGAACAAAUCGAUUUACUAGCCGCAAGAACAGAUACCCCUCCUAUAGUUGAAUCCCUAAGAAAAGAACUCACACAACGAGAAUUGUUGAUCGGUCAACUCAUCACACAAAAUAAGGAAUUAGCAGCUGCAAAAGAAAGACAAGAAAUUGAAUUAGCAGCACAACGAGCAACAUUGCAAGAACAACGCACACAUAUCGAUAUUUUAGAUACAGCUCUGACAAAUGCCCAGGGAAAUGUAGUCCGAUUGGAGGAUGAGUCUCGUAAGAAGCAAGUUUAUGUAGAGAGAGUUGGUCAGCUACAACGUGCUCUGUCCUCGCUUCAGGCGUCUAGCGAUAGGCGUGAAGAAACUGAACGUCAACUAAGAGGCCAAUUAGAAAGGGAGUUGAGAGAGGGGGGAUGCGGCGGGAUUAAUAGUGGUGAACACACAUCGAACGGGGAGACAAUCGCCGAAUUAAAACGAAGAUUACGUGAACGAGAUGAAAAAAUUAUGUCGCUUGAAGGAGACGUAACCAAGUGGGAACAACGAUAUUUAGAAGAAAGUGCACUCCGUCAAGCUGCAAUUGAUGCAGCUAGUCUUCCAAAAGAUGCCAAGAUUGCGGCACUAGAAAAAACCAGCCAAGAUGCCGAGAAGUUGAUAGCAGAGGCUCGUUCCGAGAAAAUGCGUCACAUGGACGAAGUGCAUGCCGCACAGAAAAAACUCGCCGAUCUGGAAUCGAGGAUGAAAGACUUGGAAUCCAAGCUAGCUGAAAGAGAUGCAAUGAUACGAGUACUGCAGAAGCAUACCUAUGAUAAAGACAGCAGUAGCAGUAGUGGAGUUGGCAGCUAUCCUGCAGCUCACUCCUCUCACUCCAGUACAUCUGCAGAUCAUCAUACAAUUCUUACGUCUACACCAGAACUCGUGAGCAGUGUACUAAGUGGCGGCAGUGGAUAUGGUAGUGGCGGCUCUUUUGCCGUUUCCGACAGCUAUAAUAAAUACAGAAAGCAAGGCAGCUUUGAACAAACCAACAAAAGCCUGGAUGACCAAUUGAAAGAGCUAGACUCCCAGCUACUCAGCAAGCGGGCACUUUGCUGUUUUCCAGGAUUCUCUAAUCCAGGCACUACGUCGCGAAAAGGAAAAAUACCCAAGCCAUUAUUGGCGGGUGUAGAUAGCACAGGUAGUUCGAGUACUGCAUCCAGUAAAAGUCGUCUCCUAGAUGAUUCAGGUGGUGAAGCUUCCGGGGGAUUGCUGGAGUACGCAGCUGCGACAAGGUUCAAAGGCACGACAUCCAGAUUGUCGGACAGUAGGCCAGAGGAAAUGAUGCUGCUAGAAAAACAAGGUAGGAGUUCUCAACGCCAGAGAAUGCAAGAAGGUGAACCACGUAGAGCUGGUAGUCUUCCUCCAAGUUCUUUGCCUCGUCCUCCACGUUCAUUAAAACCUACGAAUAAUUCUCGUUACUGUCGUCUGAGCGAUACAGAGGCUCGUAAAAAAUCAGACCCAGGGCCAGUCAUUGAAUCUGUUAUUAAAGGACGUGAUUCUGGUAAUUGCACACUUGAAUAUGGCAGAUUUGACUUGAAGGGUCAACGACGAAAAAAAUCUUCGAGCUCAGAGGCGUCCAUCCAAAGCAAUUCUCUAAGAAAACCUUCCCUAUCUGGACCAAGUGGGGAUUAUGAGAGACUGGGAGAUGUUCAGAGAAAAAAACAAACAAUCGUCGAGGUGAAACACCGGGAAAAUCAAGGGCGCUCCAUGAUUCCUCCUCCAAUAAGACGCAUUGGAGAAUAUGGACGUCUGAGUGAUGGAGAUGGGAGAAGUACUAUGAGGAAACAAAUCGGCUCUAGGGGACAGAGUACAGGGAGUACUGUUAGUAGUAAAAGUGGCGGACGCGACUCUGGAGGUACUGCUAGCAGCGAAGCAUCGACGUCUUCCUUACCUCCAACUAGAGCCAGGUCAAUACCUCGCCCGAGUAACUACCGGAUUCAAUUUUAGCACACGUAAUGGAGAAUUCACGUCUGUACGUACAGAGCCAUAAUGACCUUUUCAUUCAUUGUUUUGAUUCUACAUUAGUUAGAUCCACAAGCCAAUCAUUACGCCAUAAUAGACAUAUGAUGACGACAGAUAACAUAGUGAUUCUAAGACCUAGUCAUUACCAAAGUAAUUUCUGUACAGGGAAAAAAUUUCUCAUGACAUGUGCACAUACAUACACAGUCGUUCAUCUUUUAGUUUAUUUUUUCCUCUUUCUUAUUUAUCUUUACCUCUAUCUAUCUCUUCUCAUUUUUUCUGCGUUGAAUGUCCCAUGCAUUCAACAUAAACGUACAUGGAAACAAAAGCUAAUGUGCCUUACAAAAAUCGCCUAACAGCCAGUACAAUAAAUUCGAAUAAGAAAAUAUAACUUUUUAUAGCAGGAUUGAAUACAUUAUCGUCUAUAUUUGGUGUAACAGAUACGCCUUGUUAAUUUAGAUGACGGAUUUUUCAAGAAUUUUUUAAACUUGACUAUACUGAUAGAUAGAUAAAAUUUCUCUGAUAAAAUAAUUAAUUUUGUUGAAACUGUCGAAUAAUUUCGCAUCUACCGAUUCAUUCUACCAGAAAAAAAACCAACAAAAAACACAAAGAACACACAAGUGUAGCUUAGAAUCCCAUAAGACUGAUCAAAAUGGAUACUGAAGAAACAAAACUCUCAUUCAAUUUUACUAUUUGCUAUUCUCUGUAGAUUUUACUUUUGCUCUGAUCUUCGACAUACUUUUAUGUGAAUUAAUAACAAAAAAUACUUGGAUGCAUAAUAUAAUAUACAUUGCAUUACCGUCAAUUACGACGUUUCAUAUAUACCAAAUGAUGUUGGAAAUUGUAUGGGUGCAAUGCGAGAGAGUCACACAUCUGCAUUUGCUGGAACACCAAAGUGUAGAAUUCUCUUAAUGACAUAAAACUACAAAAUAUAGUUAAUGAAUUUCUCCUAAAAUAAUUAUAAUAUCUAUUUAUUCGUGCUUGUGUUGUUAUUAUCAUUAUUAUACAUCUAAUUAUCUAUUACUGAUAUAGUACUGAUAAUAACAACGAAUUAUUAUUAUUUUGUUUUUAUUAUUAUCAUCAUGAUUAUUAUUAUUAUCAUCAUUUAAUUAUUACCCAGCAAAUCGUUAUCUUCAAUUCAACUAUACAAUAAUAUUAAUGAUAAUAUAGGAAGAAAUUGAGAGCGUACAUGAAGGAUGCGUAUUAGAAGAUGUAACAUAAUAUUUUGAUUGUGAUGUAGCAUAGAGUAAUGGACUAGUGGCAUUUGAUUUUGGGGGUAUUACUAUUGCCUCGUACCAGUGUGCGUGAAUUGAUUAAUUAUUCAUGUCUAAUGAACGUGUGGAUGUGAGAAUCGAACUAAGACCAAGGUGAAUAUGUUGAUAGUCUUGCAUUGAAUUUUAUUUAAUUUCACCAUAUUUUUUUUUCUACUUUCUACACUUCUCCUGAUUCACUAUUUAUAAUGGUUGUGCCGUAACAGCUAUCAGAGUAUCGAAAAAAAAAAUCUUCCUACCCUGCAUAUGAAUUUGAUAAGAACCCGUCUCCGAGUAAUUGAUAACGUAGUGUGUAUGCAAGAGUAUAACUUGAGGCUGUUAUAUCACAGUUGUUGUAAAAGUGAUUUUAAAGUGGUGGUGUAUAAAUUUUUGUAAAGCAUACACUAUCCUUAUAAAGAAUUUCCAAAUAUUUUUCAAUGUGAUGUGUUUAUUAUAAAAAAAAACAAGCAAAAAAAAAAAAAAUUAUUUAUAUGUCACUGUACAAUAUUUUCAUGUAUUAACUAUAUAAUAAUUAAGAUCUUAAAAUCUGUCGUACCUUUACAUGCAAGAAUACCAAAUUACAGUAUCACCAAAGAAAUGUAUAACGGUCAUGAUAUGUGUAUCGGUGACUAUACGAUGUAACCAAAUAUUGUUCCUCUAAUAUUUUAGCGCACUACAUGUAUAGUAUACUAUGAAAAAAGAAGAAAAAAAAACAAUUUUGUAACCAAUAAGGAGACACAAUUGUUUUAUCGUUUGCUCUCUAUUUUUGAUACAGCCGUUCUAAGUAAUAAGAUUUAUUUAUUGAAUACAUUUUAAUUUUUUUUUAAUUCUUUGGGUAACGAAUUUGUAUUCUCCCGGAGCUCUUAUAAUCGUUCAAUUUUGUACGAACCAUUUGAAUCACGAGUUAAUGGAUAUUGCGAACUUAUAUGAGUAUUCAGAAAUGAGUAAUAAAUUCACGAUUUAUUAUAACAGCGACGGACUGGAAAAUAGACAGUAAGCGUUACUUGAUCACAAGGGUGUUAUUCGAAAGAGUGCCUUGAAGCACCGGUAUGUUUGUUGGCUUUACUAACCAGAAACCACUAACCAAUAUAUUGUUUUACGGAUGGAAGCUUUGUAUGCAGAAUAAAAACAAAAAAAUAAAUAAAUAAACGAAAAAAAUUAAUAAUUAUGUGAAAAAAAAAUUAAAAA